AAGAAGUGGAACAACAUGCAGAGCCGCCACGGUGCGGUGUACGUCAAAAGUCACCGCAUCGCAUAUGCGGACCCUGAUGGCCCGCCGUGAUGCUGCUGCCCGCCCGCCCGGGGGUGGACGGGAACCUCUAUGUCUCCGUCCGAGAAGUCUACAUCAGCGGAGCCCAGAGCAUCAGCGCCCCUCCUAUGCAUGUGUCUCAUCAAGGUCUCGAUGUCUCAGGCCCCGUUCUUUGUUGAAGAAUUUAUCACAAUUAUUAUUAUAUAGGGACUAUGGUCGGGAGCGAGUACUUCCCCACGGGGUGUCGAAUACAAAUCUGUUUCAACCCGUCUACUUCUCUCCGUCGAAGUCUCUCUGAGAAGCUUAUACGUCACGUUCACUCGUCAUUGGAUCCUUCGCCAACGUCUGUAGAUACGGCUUUGAAAUUGGGUACCGAAGAUUGCGAGGAUAUGAAGGGGAGUUGUGUCUUACCUUUGGCGGCUGCGGCUGCUUCGGCCUUAAGUCUUCCAGAGAGUGUCACACCCGAGCAAUCGACCUUACAAGUUCAGAAUGUGGGCUCGAAAACUUCAAAUCGGGACGGGUUACAGGUAUGGAGUGAUGACAGGUCGUCGCUCGACGAUGUAGUCAACGCUGUCGGCGGCAUGUUUUAUCAAGCUGCUGGGGCUGUGGCUCGGGCUGGUAGACGUGUGAUGGGACAUUCAGCCGGCGCCGACGAUGCCGAGACUGGCCUGGUAGCCCUGAGUAUACAACAAACAGCGAAUAGCGAUCCGGAAACAAAUCAGCACGAAGGUCAUCUUAGUGCGGCAGACGAAGGGAAGAAUCUCCUGACGAUCAUCAAGGAGAGCAGCAUACAGACCGAAUACUUCACCACGCUCCUUGACACAUACGACAAGAUCCACGACAUGCUUAUCGGCAACAACGACGAGCACACGCAGGAACAACAGAAACCCACAAUCUUCGUCCCCACGGACUCGGCCUUUCAGAAGCUGGAGGGCGUUUUGGAACAUAGUCGAGCGGAGCUGCUGGGCGAGAUUCUCGAGUACCACGUCCUUACGGGGCGGUAUACCGCCAAAGACCUCCGUGGGCUGCGGACGGCGGAGACGGUUCUCGAAGUCGGUGACGGCCGUCGGCGGCAGCGGCAAAGGGUGAGGAUCGCGGAUGGGUCAUCGGGGGCUGAAGUCAACUUUUACGCCCGGGUGCUCGCUUCUGAAUCUAGAGAGACCGGGAGUGGUAUUGUGCACUUUGUUGAUGAGGUUUUGAUCCCGCCGCCGCGGUGGGAUGUGCUUGUUGGUGCGUUGGCGGAGGAGACGCUGGGGACUUUUGGGAAGGCGAUGAAGAGGAGCGGCGUGGGCGAGGAGCUUUUGCUGCAGCGUGGCUCAGGGCUCACGGUCUUUGCGCCAUCAAAUGAUGCGUGGGAUAAGUUGGGUGAGGAAGCGAUGGACUUUCUCUUCUCUUCCCCGGACGGAGGGCGGUUUCUGAAGGCCUUGGUGAAGUAUCAUUUUGUUGGUGAGGUGGUUUAUACAGACCAUGUCCAAGACGAUGCGAAGGAGAUGGAAGAGGAGAUGAAGAUGAAGACCGACGGGGGUGACGAGCUCGGGGAAGACGCCGACGGAGUGGGGCAGAUGCUACGGGAGAUUCAGACUUUGCUCGACGGGGCGAGAGUCGCGCUCUCGGUCGAGGCGGCGGUAUUUCGCAGCGCGGAUACGAGUAUUCGCGCGGGACGUACGGGCGGCGGUGGGUGGCCAGUAGAAGUCAAGAUGAGUGUCAAUGGGGCGGCGGUAUCAGCGAGAGAUGUGCCGGUCAGGGAUGGCGUUGUGCAUAUCCUGGAUGAGGUACUUCUGCCUCCAGCGCCGCCGCUGUUAUUGUCGUCGCCCUCGUCUGAGGAAGAUAUUGUUGAGAGGAGUAGUGGUGAGAAGAUCAGUGUAGAGGAACUUAAGAGGCGGCUGGUCCGCUUCCUUGAGGUGGGAGAGGAGGGCGGUCAGAGCGAAGAGUUGUAGGAUGUCUUGAACGUCAGCGUAGUUUGUCAAUGGCACCUCUUUAUGUGUUUUGUAAUCAGAUGACUGAGGACCUGGGAUUUUGAUUGAUGUCUCCAUUCUUUGGAAAUUGAUUGGGUUGAUCACGACUAGG